GGCCCCCCGAACAGAAAUGAGAGUCUGGCUGUGACUCCUCUCGAAAUGAACACCCUCCGACUUUCCGCGCAUCUUGAGUUUCCAUCAUUUCCUUCAUCUCACUGAGCUGAAGCCUUGCUGUGUAGAGCACUGUUUUAUUCGUUAAAUAUUCAAGUCGUGUCAGCGUUCGUUGACGAUUUGUGACCUUAUUUAGCCUUGUUGCUAACGAGAAUAUAUCACCGAGAGUGGGAAAUGGACAGGAGAUCGACAUCGGUAGCAGAAAACUCCGAGGAACUUUUUGGCGCAGACGUUGUUCUUCAUAGACUGAAAGUCUUCGGAAAUCUUCGGAAAUGACGUCACACAGAGAACUGCGAGGGACGUCCGCCAUUGAACAGUAGUGUUGCAUUACUUCUCGGUAAGAUGCCACGACGGUGUGUGGCGAUGUAUUGUUCUCAAUCUAAAGGAAAGUUGUACGAGUGGCCAAAGGAUAGCAGAGCACGUAAAUGGACAUCUUUCGUUCGCACGAAGCGAAUGAAUUUCACGCCAUCAUCGAGUAGUGUUCUCUGCUACAAACACUUCAAAGAUACCUGCUUCCACAACCGGUCUGCUUAUGAUCAAGGAUUUGCUAAAAAGUUAUUACUCAAUGCAACUGCUGUCCCAACAAUUCACCUGCCUCCACAAGACCAGCAGCAAGUUCAAAAUCCACCUGUCCAGCGCGCAGCAGCAGAUAACCGAGAAAGGAUGCGAGCCGUAGCUGAGGCCAGCAGCUCUGCAGCUGCCUCCGAACAAGAGAUGGCUGAGUGUGGGGGUCAGUUAUUGCUGGAUGAAUCCUGUUCAAAUUGCCAUCAAGAUGAUGAAGUUACACCACCACAUCGUGUGGACAAAAACAGCAUCCAACUGCAUCAUCCUGAUGUGUCCGCACGCAUCAAACAGGAGGAGGAAGAUUUGCCAUACAUCAAAGAAGAGCAAGAGGAGCAUUUCAUUACAGUUUCAAACUCUCACAUUGAGGAGCAGCACCGACAGCCUUCCCUCAAAAAGGAGGAGGAAGACCCUCCAUACGUUAAAGAGGAGGUGGACAUCACCAAUUUGACUGGCACCAGUGUCUGCAAAGAUGAGCCAGCUUUUCAGUGGAUAUGCAGCAUCGUCAACGAUAUAGUAGCCAACAUUCUGCCCCUCUCAUCCAGUUCCAACAGAGCAGACAAGCGUUACCAGAUUGCAAAGUGGGAAGCUUCUGGCAUACGGCCAUAUAUGUUUGAGCCCUAUUUGGACGAGGAGGAAGAUUCGAAACCAGAAAACAGUGGAAGGGACAACCCCCUUGAGGCCGACUCCCUGGAUGACCAGAGCAGACUGGGCAACACUGAAUGGUGUUCAUGUGGAACCUGUGUAGCAAUGCCCACUGUAGGCGAGAGCCUUUGCUGUCGUGAACAGGAGCGAACGCGGGGGAAGAUGGAGGAUGCCGGGGUCAAGUGCAUCACCCAGCACUCUGGGUUUCAGCCUGUCUGCCUAAACAUCGAAGUCCUCCAGACAGCCUACUUUGCCUACAGACAGUCCUACCAGGACCAGGCUGGAAACAAGUCAUGGAGCUACGUCACAUACCCUAUUCUUCCGCCGUUUGUACGCUGCUGUCACUUCUACUUGCCGACUCAUCCGAGCAAAACAACGACAAAUAUGGAUCAUCCUCUUCCUUGAAUUAAUGAAACAAUGCAUUAGCUUUUGCUAAAUUUAGUUUUCGAUUCAUUCUGCACGUUUCAAAGUCGCUCGCUCAAUCCAACCGGCCGUUGCUCGCUUUGCAUGCAUCCUUUUUGUUAGAUGACGCCUUGCUCUGCAAUUUAUUAAAAAUGUUCACAUUAGGUUCGUCUUUCAUGACCUCACAAUGGUUCCUGGAAUAUGUAGUCUUUAGCGCUGCUUUCGGUUUUGAAAAAGGACAAGAAAUGAUUGAAAUAUGGAGAUAAACACAUGGUCAAUGCAGCAUUUUAAUGCUUAUUUAUGAGUGCAAUAAAACCAAAAAACUCAAAUGACAUUUUCUCCCGUUUUGCUUGGUCGACUGACUUCAAAUAAAAACUGGUUUGGACAUCAAUUUCCGCACUUUCAAAUGAGAGCAAACAGCGUCACGUAGUUGAGUAAUUACAGCGUGACGACCCAGAGGAAAAUUUUAUUGCUCAAAGCUUGCUCUUCUAUAGCUCGGGAGAUAAAUUUGAGAUUCUCAUCUUAGCCUCAUUGCAGUUUCUAUUUUGUCUAAAAUGUUUCUCAGAUGUUUCUCCUAAAAUUCACUAGGAGAAAUAGGUGAGACAAUAAAUUAGAGGGAAUCAUACUUGAGACUUAAGGGAGAUACCUUGCUAAUCUCAAUUCAGUGUUUUUAAUGGCUCCUUUUUCUCCUUUGAAAAAGAAAAUGAGCAUUAUUGGAGCGACUAUGGAGAAAUAUACGAGUCUCUCGCUCACUCUCCCUCUCAUGCGCGCCCAUCUGCGCGCACGCACACACGAGACACUUAAAUCAUGUGACCCUCUCCUCCCACCUGACUGGAUUCACCAUUCUAAACACAGAUCAUCCACUUCAUAACAUCUUGAUGGACCAAAGAAACAAUGGUGGACACUACUCUCUCGUCACUGCAGGACAGAGGGAUACAAAAGAUACACCCAAAGGCAUCAGGCUUUAUCAUUCUAGAACAAAUGGCUUUAGUGAAAUCCAACAGUCAUUGUACUUGAAAAUUGAGUACUGCUGAGAAUUUUUGUCAAAGAAUGUGGGCGGGCAAGUGGUGCGGACCCAAACGCAGGCAAAUGGAGGCAAGGCAGACAGGGGGGCAAACAUUUUUUAAUUAAAACCAACAAAAAACAAAGUGCAAACAAUUUACAUUUCAAAUAGCUAUAAUAACAUCAACAGCCAUAAUAUUAACAACAAAGUUCAACACAGUUUUUAGACAGCAAACAAAAAUUAAGUCUCUAAGCCCAGCAGUAUUAGGGCUUUGAACACUGCAACAAAUGUCUUUAAGUACAUCUAGAAUUUAUGUUGUACCCCUCAUGCGACAUUUGUUGAUCAAGGCUUUUUUCGAUCGGUGUGGCAAUCAUCCAGCGUACUGCAGCGCAUGGUGUAAGCUGCCUGUAUAAAAGAAAGCACAAAUUACAAAUUGAACUAGAAACUGUAAUUUCUGAAGAAAUUACUAUGGGGCUUUGCUGUGUGGAGAUACAGAUCUUAGCCCUGCCCAGAUUGGUUUGGGGACAUUUCGGGGUUGGAAAUGAAUGGGAAAUUUGGACGUCCAUGACCGUCAAUGGCUUCAACUCACAUAUGCGUCAAUGAAGUCCAAGUACAUUGACGUCAAUAGAAUCUACAUACAUGGCUGUCAAUGGCAUGGACGUACAUAGCCCUCAUCGGCAAUUGUGUACUCAUCAUCAUCCCAGAAUUUUUGAUGCCCCAAUGAUGACUUUUUUUUUUUUUUUGGGGGGGGGGCGAAAAAUCAGCGUUCACAUGCGAACGGAAAAUUUUUCGAGGCCGGUUGAAAAAUUCAUUUGCAAAUCAAAUAUAUAUAUCAAAUGCAUUUCAUUGUAUUUUUUACUUUUUCUCAUUUCAAAUAAUGGGCAGCUAAAACAGUUCAGAAAAUUGUCAAAACAUUUUAAAGAAUAAAGUCUAAAAUUGCAAUCAAGUAGUAAUAGUUUCUGCAGGUCGCAACAAUUAAAAAGCUUUUUGCAAAUUGAUGCCUAUAAUGGAAUUUUUUUUUUUUUCUUCUUCAUUUUCUGAGUCGCUUAUCCUCAAUGAGUUAAUUUUGAUUUUAAAAGAACAUCUUUAAAUCAAUCAAUCACCACCUCCCCAAUGUAGAUAUAAUUGUACGAAUGGAGUUGCAAAAUUCUGUCACCAAAAUAUAGUUUCAAGUGAUGUUAAACUCCCUUUUCUAGACAUUUCUUUUAAAAAAAAAUCCUGUAAAUCAAUAUUUGUGCCCUAAACUGCCAAUAUUGAUAAUAAUCCCAGUGAUCAGACACUAAUAAACAAAAUGGUUAUUAUAGUGUCCAAUGCAAGUUAAAAAUAACAAUCACUUUAAAAAUUAGAUAAGCCGUGUAGUAAGAUAAUUACUCAAUUACCACCUUGGUCAUCUCUGGGUGAGUCAGGGUCUGGGUCAUAAAAGCUCCUCUUCUCCGGUGGGUAUCGCACUCUUUUGGGCAUCUCUUUUUAUUAUUUCCUGCUGGGCCAUUCAAUCUGUGAAAUAUAAUACAUUGUAAUAAUUUCAAAAAGUGGUUCAAUGUCUUAUUUGGUUUUACACUGUCAUCACAUCUCAUAAUUUAGUACAGCAACUUCUUAAUAUCUUUAGAUACACAGAUUGUGUUCAUUUAACCAUAUUAGACCACCGAAGGACUGAAAAAUAUUAUUUAAAAUCCCCCAUACCAAUCAUCGUAAAACAAAGAGACAUUAAAGUAAAAAUCCAUGAUGAUCCAUGAUGCUAAGAUUUCUGUAAGAAUUGCACUUUUCUUGGACAAGUUGUUGGGCUCUUCUUUCCUGUACACUGCUCCUAAAAAAAAAAAAAAACUUUUUAUUGCUAAUAUAUCGUGAAAAGAUGCACCUUCUCAAUUCCCUAUGUCUCAAGUUUAUAAUGUUAAUAGGGUGACCAUAUUUUGAUUUCCCAAAAAAUAGGACAUGCUGCUCUGCCUCGGGGUACUUAAAUGAUACGCAGAAUAUACUCAAAGAUGCCUUAUAACUAGUUUUAAAGUAUGCCUUCUCUGUAUGGAUAGAAUAUUCCGUUAUACAACAAAAUAAUCUCCAUAUCCAGAGACACAAAUUCAGAUAGGCUUCCCAGUUUUUCAACAUGCAACAUUUAUUUUGCCAAAAAUAAUCUCCCUUGGCUGUUUCCAAAGAAGUCAUCCUUCUCCCGUCCAAUUCAGCCGAUCGGUGUACUUCCGCUAGCUGUCUGGCUUCAUGGCACAACUGUAACGUGUGUGUCAAACAUAGAGCUCAGAGAAAACAAACCAGCAAGCGCAGGGGUCGAGGGAUUGAGGGAGAGCGGGAGGGGGGCAUUGAGCAGAUAAUUGACCAUGAAAAACCGGAGAUAUGAUCCUUUUAAUUUCAAAUGAGUAAUAAUUAUGAAGGAACUCUUCACUAUUAAAACUAGGAACUAUUUUCUCCACCAGAGGGCACUCAUGCUCUUUGGACGAAUAAUGCCUCAUUUAUAGAUUUUUUUCUCAUUGGAAUUCAAUUUUUUUUUUCCUUUGGCUUAAUGUGGUUAUGCAAUGGGUUAUUUUACAGUAUCAUUAAAACAACAGUUCAUACAGAUAAUGUAGCGCUCAGGAAAAAAAUACCAUUGUUAAAAAAAAUAAAAUAAAAAGUUAUAUCAUUUUGAAGUAAUGCUACUCUUACAUGAGUGACAUUUUUGCCUACUCCACCCACCUUUGGUCACCCCAAUGUAAACUCGUUGCAUGAAGCUAGAGAAAAUGAGUCUCACUGCAAUGAGAAGAUGUUCCAAUUGUACACAAAUUAUGUAACUCCAAGACUGUCUAGGGCCACUUUUUGUAGAAAUAAUUCCAAAGUUAAUAUUUUUAGAUGAAUAUGUUUACUUCAGUAAAUUCAUGGCCUCCCAAGCUAGCUAGCUAGCUUCACUAUUUGCCACUUAUUGCCGACCAGUCCCCCCCCCCCCCCCCAAAAAAAAAAACUAUCAGAACUAGCAUAAACACAAGCCAUAUAAAUUAUACCCAAAUUCCAUUCGACAAAGAUGUUACUUACCCUCUUUUUUGUCCUGAAACUGUUUCUUCCUCCAUUCCUCCUGACACCAACUUCAUAAGUUAAGUACGACUUGACGUCGUUAGGUCAGCCUCCCCCCUAUGAGUUGACGAAGCAGCAUUUGUGACUGAUGGCGCUUUCUUCCAAUGUAGACGUUAGGUCUGCAUUAUCUUCAGGGUUGAAAGUUCACGGUGUUUCGCGCCACAUACAGUUUGACAGUGCACGAAGAAAACAGCGCUGCAGCGCCGGUGUAGACCGGUCAACGCUGAGUGGUUUCAGCUGCAUUUUAAGUAAGAAUGAAUUUACAAAAAUGUUCUUUAUAUACGCAUGACUACAUUAGGCUAAUAAGAAUAAAAAAAAAUUUUUUUUUUAAUCUUUAUAAGUUGAGUUUAUUUGGCUUUAUUAAUGUACAAUACAUUUUCAGUUCUUGGAGUUUUUAAAGCCUUGUUUUCAUUUUAAUUUAAGCUAACUGAAAUGUUUACAUCUUCAUUAAUUCAAUAUCAUAUUAUUUCGUUUUUAUGAAAUUUAAUGACCUUAUAAUACCAUCAUAAUAACAAUUUUAGAAGGGUAACAUUAUUACACGUCAGUAAGAGUUUUCCUUUGUGCAUUUUGUACCUACCGGUUUGUAAAUGUACCACCGGGAUCGUUUUCAUUAUGAUUAUUCAUUUUUUUCUAACUAUAUGUUAAUCAAUUUCUCUUUAUAUAUAAUAACUAUCUCUUCAUAUAUAAUAUACUUUAUGAUUAUUCAAUUACUAUAACCCUUUUCAUUCUGAAUAAAUUGCAUACCAUAUUUUGUGCACUUCUAUAUGUAAAAUCAUAUUUAUGAACUAUCUAUGCCUUUUUAUCCCGUCAUCCCCAACUUCAUUGACCCUGCAGCUCAAUUUCUAAAACCAGUACAGCAUGAAUAUUGCUCCUCUAUAGAGGAUACAGAUAAGUUUGAUUGUGCGGUUCAUUUUCAGAAGAUUGGACUAUUGCAGCAGUAUAUUUACAGGUCUUGAUUUUUUUUUUUUUUUUUAAUCAGUCAGGACGCUGCAGAUAGUACAGAAUGCUGCUGCCAGAGUCCUUACAAAUACAGUACAAGGAAACUGGACCACAUUACACCAGUUUUGGAAAUCAUUACACUGGCUUCCAGUGAGUCAAAGGAUAGGCUAGAAAUUGAGUCAAAGGAUAGGCUAGAAAUUGAUACUGCUCGUCUAUAAAACACUUUCAUGGCCUUGGACCAAAAGAAUAGAGACCCCUAAGGUCAUCUGGAACCGAUCUGUUGUAUGUUCCAAGAACAAGAACCAAGCAGGGUGAAGUAGCAUUUAGUAUUAUGCUCCUCACCUCUGAAACAAGUUACCUGAAGGUCUGAAGUGUGCUCAAACUGUUAACUCCUUUUAAAUCAGGACUAAAAACGCUUUUGUUUAUCACAGCAUAUCCAUAACCGUCUAUAUAUUUUAACCUUCAAGCAAUUUGCUUUUUAUUCAUUUUAAGUAUAAUUUUAUUGCCUGUUUAAAUUCUUUUUUUUUUUUUUUAAUUUCAUUUAGAUUCUCACCAAUAAUAUACUGUACAUUGUACUUGCAACAGUGAAUGACAAUAGUCCAUUUCUCGAUACAUUACUUUUUUAAGGGAAACAACAACAAAAAAGAAAUUAAAUCAAUAAUAAAUAAAUAAAAAAGUACAUAUAUAAACAACAUACAGCAACUUAAAACAUUUGGGAGCCCAUCUGAUAUUGUUUUCUUACCCCCCAAAAAGUAAGGAGGUACUUUCUCUGUUGAGCAUCAAUUGAAAUCCAUUCUAAUUGGUUUCACGUUUGUCCAUUUGGACCAUAUCAAAUAAAAUGUAUCAAUCUCUAAUUUAAGUUAAAAUGACAGCUUCUCCAUGAUGUAAAUUUCAUGUACAAUAUCUAUCCAUUCCUCAACAGUUGAUUUUUUUUAAGCCAUUUCCUAGAAAUAGAUUUCUUAGAGGCUGCUAAUAGAAUAUUCAACAGUUUUUCUUAUCAUUGACUUUUCAUUGUCUUUGUUAUAACUUUCUUUUGAACUAAUGUUUUUAAUUUUUUUAAAUCAUUUUAUCUCUGAUCGUGGUUAUUCAUGUGAUGUAAAGCACUUUGAAUUGCUUUGUGUUGAAUUAUGCUAUACAAAUAAAUUUGCAUUGCCUGAGAAUUCAACGAGUGCUUGUGGAGAGCUCUUCAUUUGCUCUGUCUGAGUACAGUAUGUGAUGCAUGAACGGAAGCUGUGAUAAGAGUACACUGAGUUCAUCGAGAGAUCUCUCUGAUUUCUCUGCCUGAGAUCACAAAUAGACACAAAAGUUGAGAAACUCUGAGAAUUAUAUGAGAGCUCGUUGAGAUCUCUUCUGAAACUUAAAAGGAGACUAAAUUGAGAUUUAGUGCAUUUUAUUGCUCCGGAGAAAAAACUGAGACACAGGAGAAAUAAACCUUAGUCUCAGUUUGGCGUCACACAGAUCUCACAGUUGUCUAGGAGAAAUAAAUGAGAUAUUUUGGAGAUCUCUUUUCAGAUUUUCUUUUCCUCUGGGGAGGCUUCAAAGAUGAUAUGCGUAAACGCGUCGCUGCCGACAUGUUCGGUGUUAAAGGGUUAAACAAACGGAAAGGAGGAGGCAGACUAUAAUGAAUUUGUUUUCUUUGUCAAACAGUUGUUCACUAAUACAAUCCAAUUUCAAAGCACACUCUUGUAAGACAAUUUACAGUUUGAAUAGGAGUUUGUGUUAUAUGAAUGAAAAGAAAAAGAAAUGCAAUAAAAAUAAGUCAAGUAACAAUAUGCUUCUCCAAAACACAAUACAAAUGGACACUUAAUGCACUAAUUAGCAUAAUCACUAACUAGCUUUACGCUCUGUGCUAAGUAGUAACGUCUCUCAACAAAGAAUACAAACAAUACAAUAUGCUUCAUUUACUCUCCUCUGACGGGGGCACACUGGAUCUAAUAUCACACAAGACAGUCUAACUUGAUACUAAGUAAAAUAUUGAUCCAGCAGCUCAACCUCUCUCUUGUUGUAAUCACUUGCGUGCUUUACACGUGCACUUACUAGCUUUACACACAAACAAAGACCCAAAUGGGACUGCUCAUAGCUGCCGGCAAAAAUCGAUUAUCAGAAUCAUUGGCAACUAAUUUGUUCAUCGAUUAGUUGUUGCAGCCUUAUUAAAAAGCUGGUUUAGACUGUAACAUGUCCGAAAUUUGGCAAAAAUGUGAAUUGUUUUCCAAAGAAAAAGCAGAUUUUUGUUCAUGUCCCACUUUGACUUGACAAAAGUAUCAUGAAGAAAUCUGGUAUUUACAACUGAAAAUAUGUAUAUAUGUUAUACCUUCAAGAUUUUAAGGUGAAGAAGGUCCUAACGAUUAAUUGGUUAUCAAAAUAUUUGUCCAUUAAUUUGCUAAUCGAUUAAUCGUUGAACAUUUACCGAUCAGACUGUUACAAAGCAGCCUUGUGUGAUUGUCAAUACACUUUGGCUCCAAAAUUGGAAAGUCUCGCAAAUUCCGAUGUAAAAUAACUAGUUUACAUUGCUGUACUGGUUGUCUGUAAUGUUUCAGAAGAAAAUGAAUGACCCGACUCUAUUG